GUACUCGGAAAGCUUAGUAGUAGGCCUGUAUGUUGUGCUUGGUGGUUUGAGACACACACACACACACACACACAGAAGGGGUGAGCUCAGCGCGCACACACACAGAAGGAGUGAGCUCAGCGCGCACACAAACAGAAUCUCUCUCACUCGAGCUUCUUUUCUUUUUCUUCAACUUGUCCAACUCGGAGACCUACUGGGGAAGAUCAAGAAUCGACGUGAUUUCCACAAUAUCACGGCUUUCUACCUCCCGCCGAUCUGGGGAAGUUCAGGGUCCGUCUGGUCAUCUACGAUCUGCCCGGGGGAGAGGACCUGGAGUCUGAGCGACGACUCAGCUACCCCGCCACCGACACCAUCCUCCUGUGCUUUGACGUCACCAACAGACAGUCCUUUCACAACGUGACGUCACUGUGGGCCCGCGAGCUGACGCGCGUGCGGAAGUUCUCCAAGCGAUGCCCCGUCCUCCUGGUGGGGACCAAGUGUGACGUCAGAGAUGACGCCAUGAGGCUGGAGGCGCUGUGGCGGGAGUCUACGCCGUCUGUGAACGGACAGGUCGGACAGAUUCUCGAACGUUCGGCCGGGAGUGACGCUGAGGACAGCGUGCGUGUGUGGCUGAGAAGAGGGAGUGUGAGGAGUGACAGCCGGGCCUAUGGUGUCGUAGGGGGGGAGGGGGGGUACACUCGGCGAGCGGGCCGCAGGGUCGGACAGUCAGGGACGCCGUGUAGAGCAGAAGAUUGGAACACAGUCGGGAGGAGGGGGAGGAGGGGGAGCAGGCCGGAGUCCCUCCCGUUUGAUUUGGGUUCAACCCCGGUGUGGAAGAACAGGAGAAGUGGGGAGGGGGGUAGUUCCCCCCCACGGCCCGUUGACCCACGCGAGGGUGUGUUGGACCGCAGCUUUCGGGGGCGGGCGGGGGUACACCUCAGCACCACGUCUGUCGGCUCCUCGGGGAGCGGCGCCAAAGACAGACCCAAGCGACGCAGCAACACGUCCAUGGGAGACGACAGCUUCAACAGCCUCCUCCAAAUUCUCGACAACAACAACUACAGCUGCAGUGAACGGCGACUCUUGAGUACUAGCUUUGCUAACGCAGACAGCAACUACAGCAACAAAUACAGGAGCGGGGGCAAACAGAGACGCCCUCUGUCCAUGCCGGAAGAAUUCUUCCACUCCUUCCCCCGGACAUACAAUAACGAUCGGUUCCAAAGUCAAGGUCAGAGUGCUGCGAAGGUGGCAAGUGGUGGUGGUAGUUGUAGUAGUAGUAACAACAACAGCAUCAGCAGCAACCGGACCUGCGCAUGCGCAGAGCGGUACAACGAGGAGUUGUCGACCGUGGAGGAGGGGAGUUGCGGGGUGGGCUACGUGAGCCGGUGUGAGGGAGAGCUGCUGGCCAGACGCAUCCACGCCUGUCGCUAUGUAGAGUGCUCGGCUAGACGAGGUGACGGUGUGGCUCGAGUCUUCGAAUUGGCCGCACUAGAGGCGGUGCGGUGUAAGAGAAAGGGACUCAUGGUUUGUUUUA